CCACAUAUAUCCUCAUAAAUAAUCCAAAAAGGUCCACAUCCACACCGCUCACUCCUCCAUUCCUCCGCCUCUUCGCUUCCAUGGCGGCCGCCGGACUCAAGCUCAACCAUAUCGCCCGCGAAUCUCCAAACGUCAAACGCCUAGCUGCUUUCUAUGAAGAGGUGCUAGGUUUCGAAAGGAUCGAAACGCCCAACUUCGGAGACUUUGACGUGAUCUGGCUCCGCCUCUCUCCGAACCUUUCCCUUCAUCUAAUCGAGCGCGACCCGCAGUCAAGACUUCCAGAGGGGCCCCAUGGCUCACCGCCAGAAGGCGCCGUCGCCGAUCCGAGAGGACUCCCUCGCGGUCACCAUAUCUCCUUCGGCGUCUCUAAUUACGACGAAUUCGUCCAAUCUCUCAAGGAAAGAGGGAUUAAGAACUUUGAGAAGACGCAGCCGGAUGGGAAGACCAGACAGGUCUUCUUCUUUGAUCCUGACGGCAAUGGCUUAGAAGUGGGGAGCUGGGGAAACUGAUAAGAUGUAGAAGUUCCACUUGGAAAAGAAAGAGAUCUCGUUCAUAAAUAAUGAGUUUUUUUCUUCCUAGUCAUGCAAACAAAAGCUCUAGCAAUUUGGUAUAAAGCUCUAUUAUCAUGUAUUGAUUGACUGAAUUGUAUGCUUUAUGGGUUCAUGGUCUUCUUGAGCUAUCUUUUGACUGUUACUUUUGCUUUUCUUAAUCUCUCCCUCUAUAUUUGAGUGGCAUCCCAAAUGAAAUUAUCUGAAAA